AGUUGUCCUGGAGAACAGCUUCAAAGUAUCUGACCUCCUCGCCGCCAUCAACGACCUGAGGCCACAGUAUGGGGCGUCCGACUUAUCUGGAGCUUUAGCUCAGGCCGUGAAUGUUGUGAAGAGGUCACCGCGGCUUUACAUGGACACUGGUCAGACAUGUCCAGCAUUGGUGGCUCUUGUUCUGUCCGACGGCUUGUCUCAGAGUAGACCUGAUGUUCUGGAGGCAGCCACGAACUUGAAACGACUCGGUGUCAUGAUUUCAUUUUUGCCCUUUGGGAUCGAGAGUACCGUCUACGAGAACGAGGCUAUAAAGUCGAGCCAUUACCUGUUGCAGUCUCUCAACCAUUCCAUUAACUAUACGUUCCUGAGUGGACUGCACGCCGACAUCGUGAAGGGAAGCACUAUGGGAAGCGACACAGACGUGGAGAAUCAUUGCAGCUAUACACCAACCCCCGUUAUUUUCAUAUUCAAUGUUGAAAAUGAGGCUGUCGUUCAACUAUACGUGGGGGAAUUUGUAAAGUUCACCAAAUCACUAUCCACUCAUCAAAAUAUCAGUGUUUUGCAUUCUUCCGACAUUUUGCCAACAACGUUACCAACUGAUGUGACGUCUCACAAAACUGCCACCUCAACCCUACCAGAAAUGCUCGACGAGGUCCAGUCUCCAGCCGACGUCAACGGCGCGAGUUGCAUCAUCAUCAUCAGCGACAAGCACGUGACAGCACCGGCUCCUCUCUUCCGGCAGAUAUGGCGUCUUGCUGACACAGGGUCAAAGGUUAUGUCCGUUGGUAUUGGCAGGAAUGUCAACAAUUACGUCAUAGAGCGAAUAGCUUCAGUUCCGAGAUAUGGCUUUUCUUCGAGACCCGUUUGGGAAAAUGACAUCCCACCGAUGUUGUGGAACAGGUAUUGUGAAGCAUGUGGCUUCACCACCGCCAUCGACCUGGUGUUUCUCGUAGAGGCCAGCACUCAAACCUUUUCUCAGUGGAACGAGGUCCUCACCUUGCUCAUUGACGUUAGCGACAACUUCCCCGUCGGCAGACACAACGUCAUGGUGAGCGUGGUGACAUUUGGUCAGCAGACGGUAUCCCAGAUUCUGUUCAACAGCUACAGCAACAAGAUGGAUCUAUUCAGAUCAAUCCACAGUCUGCAGCCUCGGAGAGGGCCGGCUGAUCUCACAGCAGCUCUGCAGGAUGUGGACUCGUUGUUUGCAGGUGCGCGCGGAGGACGACCUGGAGUCAAGAAGGUCAUGGUGCUUGUCAUGGCACAGGUGAUAACACGUGACCUCAACACACGUGAGGACACUCAGGUUAUCCUAAUGGAUGUUGGUGCUAAGAGAAAUUAUUCGCCAUCCAGAUUCCUAAAGAGUUCUGAUAUUUGUAUACACCUCGAAGGAGCAGACGAUCUGGUCAGAUACAGCCGAGACCUGCACGACAUAGUGUGCAAACUUGAACCAUGAACAGUACUUACAGCUGGAAGAACGUUAACACGUUGCCACACGAGACAUGUAUGUUGAAGGUUAACACGUUGCCACACGAGACAUGUAUGUUGACGGUUGUGUGAUAGUGGAGACGGAAUGAGUGAUGGGCUCGUAAAAUACUAUCAAUAGAUGUCAUAUAUUUUUUAGCUACGGGUGCAAAACUAGAUAUAUUUUUACGAAAACCACCAGCGAUGAGGACUUGUCGAUGAUUACAAAUAACCAUGUGUGUAGUUACUGUUUAGUAGCGGUUAUGGUUAGUGGUUUGGCAAAAUCAGAAUGUAUUCAAAA